AAAAUUUAUUGCGUCAAUUGAAAUGUUGUUUGCCAUUCGAUUCGUGUACAAAGGACGUGUAAAUUUCUGUUCUUUAUGGAGAUUUUUUCAGUUCGUUAGUUCGCUCCAGACAUUUCCAAUAUAAUUUGUUAUUUAAAUUAUUGUUAUUCUCAUUACAUCCAUUGUCCUUAAGACCGUUCAAUUAAGUAAAUGUUACGAAUAAUUUUUUGUCUUUUAAUUGCGUUUUUUUCUAUAUUGAUUUAAAAUAGAUCAUGAAAUUCGACGAUUAAGUCAUUUGAAUUAAUGAAUCCGUCUAUUCAUCCAUUCGACGUGGAUAUUUACAGUCAUUAAUAAAUUAACAACCAUUAAUGUAAUCGGCAAUUCCAAUUGAUUUAAUUAUACCAUCUCCCUGAACAUUAUUGUAGGAAUUACUUUAAAUUCACACACCAUUAUAACUAAUAAAGGAGUAGGCGACCUAUGAUUUCCGAAUGGUCCUGGAAAAGCGUCUGCGCUCGGUGUCGAAGCAAGAAAACCAUCUCGGAUGGACGGACAGUCGGUUCUCAUCAGUGUCUUGAAGCUGGUCCACCAUAGUUCCGUACUGGAUGUUUGAAUGAAAAUAUGAAGUUUCCGGUUUCCACGAUAGCCACGUUGUGGCUAUUGCUCGACAUCACGGAUGGGGCUAUGCCCGACAGGGAGUUGGAUCUUAUUUUUAGAGACAGAUCCAAAACGGAUUGGCAAAACGCAUGGCAUAAAGAGAAACACGCACGAUGUCGAGAAAGAUUAAUAGGACAUUUGUAUUGGGCAUGUGAAAAGGACAUUUACAAACUUACACGAAGAACCGACCCGACCUUUAAAAAUUAUUUUAUGGAGUCAGAUGAAUUAAAUUAUCCAUGGUUGAUUCCCAGCAAAGCAAAAAGCUUGUUGCAGUUCAAAAGAGGAAUUAAACGAUCGGGAUCGUCGAUAACAUCGGAAUGUUGCAUGUCUACGGGCUGCACUUGGGAGGAAUAUGCAGAAUAUUGUCCGAAUAAUAAACGACACACAUUAUACAGUUCUUAUUAAUUUUUUAAACGAUCAUAUCUCGAUCUUGGCAAUAUGAUUUAAUCAAUGAUUAUUCGUUAGGGAAUAAAGCGGCAUUGUUGGCUGGAUUGGCAUAAUUACAGGGCUUGUCAGAUUAGAUCAGAUGUAUUUUUGUUUUGAGUAGAAAAACUGAUAUAUUUUUAUAUUAUUACGAAUAUGCAAUUUAUAUACCUUUGAGGCUGGAGAUAUACAAAUUGCUUAAAUAUAACUUGAUGUAAUUGCGUUUCUAUGUAUGUGUAAUGUUAAUACAAGCAACACCUAAAACAC